ACCACAUCUCGAGCUUCAUGUGGUUUAUUGACUUAAGUCGCUUUGAAGUAUUGAGCAGCACCUUUUCGCUCAUACACAAUUCCAAGAUGAACGUUGACAGGAGGAAAGUGUCCCUUUUUGCUACUGCUGCAGUCGUACGACUACUUUUCUUUUCUUUUCCAGGCCUACCGGAUCUGUUGACAGGUCGCGUCGAAAUAUCCACUCCAGUUACAAGCUUCAAGAGAUUACAAGAAGGAUUGUUUCUAUACAACCACAAUGUCUCCCCAUACGAUGGUGGAGUCUACCACCAAGCACCGCUGCUCCUCCCCCUUUUCUCCCUCCUCCCCAAUUCGAUGUCGUACCCCGCCUUCACAUACUUGUUAUACAUACUGGUCGACCUUUUGAGCGCCAAUGCUCUCAUGCAGAUUGCAGAAUCGGGAGAAGCUGGGUCGUCGAAGCUCUAUACAUCACCCAGGAAGGAUAAACGGUGGAGUAGCUAUGCGAUUGCGGCGGCAUUUCUUUUCAACCCCUUUACAAUCGCGACAUGUAUAGGACGACCUACAAGUGUUUUCACAACAUGCGCCAUCCUUCACGCCAUUGCAAAAGCCGUUGUUGGCGCCUCGUUUACCUCGAUGUUCGCCCUCUCCUUCGCAUCUUACCUUUCGAUAUACCCGAUUCUCCUCUUCCCACCACUUGUACUUCUCGCCUUCGAUCGGAAGAGAACCAAAAAUGAAGAGGAGACUGUGUACAGCUUUGUCAUUGGAAAUGCGCUCGCAGUUGGUGGAUCGCUAUAUGCACUUUUGCAGAUGUCAUUCUUGAUCACUGGAUCCUGGGAGUACCUCGAAUCCACCUAUGGGAUACAGCUACUACUGCCGGACUUGACGCCUAACGUCGGUCUGUGGUGGUACUUUUUCAUUGAGAUGUUCGACUCGUUCAGGAACUUUUUCUUGGGUGUCUUCUGGAUCCACCUGGCCUCGUACGUCGCGGGACUGACCCUUCGACUGCGCCGCCAACCAUUAUUCGUUCUCACAAUCCUCCUUGGUAUUUUCGCUAUAUUCAAGCCAUACCCAUCGAUAUCAGAUACCUCUCUAUUCUUGGCUCUAUUCCCGCUCUACAGACACGUCUUUCCCCUGAUGCGAUACACAUUCUUGGCUUCAUCGACAGUACUUUACGCCACUCUGCUAGGUCCAGCAUUUUAUUAUCUCUGGAUUUAUGCAGGAAGUGGAAACGCCAAUUUCUUCUACGCCAUCACUUUGGUGUGGAGUUUGGGUUUGAGCAUCCUAGUUGCGGACACCUUGUUUGCAGGUCUCCGAGACGAAUGGGAAGUUGAGAGGCCAGAGAUGCGUGGGAAGGAAAUACGGCAAAUAUGAAUAUGAUAAUACACUAUGUGUAUUCAAAUUCAAGCACUGUCUAACUCCUCUAUGAUACCAUCUCUUGUGAUAGUAGCCAGGAGGAGCAAUUUCCCCAUACUUUGCAAUACUUAGCUAACGUCUAGUCCCUCGCAUGUUCCAACCUCCUCCUCUCAUCCUCCUUCACCUCCGCCGACGUCCUCACAAUAGUAGUGAACGUCCCAUCCCCCUCCCUAAGCAUCCUACGCCUCUCCUUCAACACUUCCCACGUCAUGCCCUCCUCCCACUCUCUCCUCUCCCUCUGAAUCUUCCUCUUCCCAAACUUCUCCCACCAAGUUCCAUUCCCAACCGCCUCCCUCCUCGAUCGACUCCCUCUAUACCCCACUCGUCCCUCUGUUUCCCUGUUCUUCAUCUCAUUAAUAUACUCCUUCGCUUGUCUCGCUUGGUUCCUCUCAAAGUUAAGAUGCUCAUCUUGUUCUUUCUGGAUCGCUUUUUUCUGUUGCUGUUCUUGAUAUGCGACGGAUUUCUUUUGAGAGCGUUCCCAUUUCCAGAUUUCGAUGUUAUGGCGGAGGCGUUGGAGCGGGCUUCCCUUCAUGAAGCGGUGGACUUUCUGGAGGCAUUUGGGCGUCUUAGUGCAGUGUUCAACAGCUGCUGUGCUCUCGACGUCGCUGUCUAUGUAUGUGUUGGCGUAUGCGUUACUGUUCGUGUUGGUGUAUAUGGUUGAGAGGUUAUCGUCGUCGAUAUGUAUAUCCACUGUGAUGAUGGUUGUUCUAUUCACUCCAUUUCGUUCAUUGGCUUGUUGCUGGCUACUUUCUCCAGCAACACCGGAAGUGUUGCGAGUUCCUUCAAUUGUGUUUUGAAAAGUUAUUCCUAGGCCUAUUAACACCGAGGGGGAGACAUUUGAAGAAUUUGCUCCCUCGUCGGAAACCCCUCCCCGCUGGUCCAUAUCUGAUAAUGCUUGCGAAGGACGGUACGUUGCCGAACGAGUGUUCGAAGAGAAGUCCUGGGCAGAGACCCUUUCAUUCCCAUGAGACAUUACCUGGUGGUAUGUAUGCACAUGCAAACUUCUUUCGCCUCGCAUGUCUUUGGGAGGUAGUAUUAUCCUGUUCGGUUUAUUAUUUGCGAUUGAACUGGCUGGCUGGGCUUCCAAGGGUGGAAAUUGGCAUCUGGGAGGUAGACUUCCAGCAGUACCGGGUUUAGAGGCUUGGUUAUUUGUGGACUUGGAUGAAGUCAUGUCGUUCUUGGUCGUUGAAGAUUCGCGGGAUAAUAUUGGGAGCUAUGCUGCGAGAUACGAAAUAUUUGAUAUAUGUCAUGAGUUGGAAGAAUGAAGCUUGAAAGGGUUAUAUGUCAGUGGGAUUUCAUGGAGCAAGUGCGUUAGUAGCUUAGGGUUAGAAUAUAAUGGUGCCGGGCACUACAGCUACAGUAUCGUGA